CGGUCAAAAAGAAAAAAAUGGAAAACUCUCUGUGCCUCAGAAUGGCCAACAUUCAAUACCAGCUGGCCUCCUGAAGAAACCUUUAACAUUGAUUCUAUCUUACAGGUGAAGUCUCGAAUCUUCAUCCAAGGUCCUCAGGGACACCCUGAUCAAAUACCCUAUAUUAUUACCUGGGGAGAUUUAGCUUCCAAGCCACCCUCCUGGGUGGCUCCUUUCUCUCCUCCUAAGUCCCCUUCUCAUUCUUCUCCCCUCGAGCCCUCUGCCCCUCUCCUUCCAGUUCCUCCUCCUCCUCCACCUCUACCCCCUCAAACCUCCCAACUUUAUCCUGUUCUCGACAAAUCUGAAACUUCAACUAAGCCAGGGGCAACACCAAAGAAGGUUUUGCCACCAGAAGACUCAGCCCUAAUUGACCUGCUAUCUGAUGAGCCUCCUCCUUAUCAGCCCCAGCCCUUGCCAACCCUUGGGUCCAAUCCACCUUCCUCGGAGGAAGAAAAAAACAACCAAGAGGGUCCAACCACCAGUGCUCCCCCAGAUCCAUCCCCCAUGGCGGGACGACUCCGAGGACGACGGGAUCACACGGCACCAGGGGACACUUCUAAAGUUCUCCCCCUGCGGCAAACGGGGGGUCCCAAUAGCCAAUAUUAGUAUUGGCCAUUCUCAGCCUCUGACCUUUAUAACUGGAAAACUCAUAAUCCUUCUUUUGCUAAAGACCCUGUAGCUUUAACCUCUCUGAUUGAAUCUAUUCUAGUGACUCACCAGCCAAGGAGAAACAAAAAGUUCUUUUGGAAGCUCGCAAAAAUGUACCAGGGGAUGAUGGGCGACCUACCCAACUCCCAAAUUUGAUUAACGAGGCUUUUCCUUUAACCCGGCCAAACUGGGACUAUACCACUGAAGCAGGUAGGA